AGUACGAAGUUCACGGUAGAAGCUCAGUUUGACACGAAUUGCUGUAAAUAACAUAUGCAAUUAUUUUGAGCGAGAUACUCGCGAAUGUGGUUAUGAGCGGGUUUUCAUAAGUAUAAAAUAGAUAUUAUAACGUCAAACAGAUGAGACUGCCUUGUCGGUCGUUGAUCAGUUUGAGGAGAUUGAGUGAUGUAUUUUCUGCAGCAGGAGUUAGGAGAGGAGUGUGUGGUGCCACCAUGAGACUGGUCCAGUUUUGUCGUCACGGUGACGAGAGGGGUGUCAGAGUUGGCGUGGAGCAAGCAGGAGGUCAGGGAAUCAUUGACCUUAAGACAUUUGAUCCUUCAAUGCCUACAACCAUGAGAGAGUUUUUGGAGACAGGGGAAAGAGGAAUAGAGUGUGCCCAAAGGGCACUGACCAGUGGCCAGUGUGUUGUUUCCCGGUCAGAGGUCAAGCUUCUCUCUCCAGUGACGGGCCCAGAUAAAGUGGUUUGUGUGGGCAUGAAUUACAGAGACCACUGCCUGGAGCAGAACGCCCCCAUUCCAAAAGAGCCAAUCAUCUUCAGCAAGUUUCCCUCUUCUAUUACUGGGCCCUUUGAUGACAUCACACUGCCAGCAGAGAGCCAGGAGGUGGACUGGGAGGUGGAGCUGGCCUUUGUCAUUGGACGGAAAGGAAAACACAUUAAGGAAGAAGACGCCCUUUCCUAUGUCGCUGGCUUCACCGUUGCCAAUGACGUCAGCGCUCGCGAUUGGCAGAUGAAACGCAAUGGGAAGCAGUGGCUGCUGGGAAAAACGUUUGACACUUUCUGUCCCUUGGGACCUGCCCUUGUUACCACGGACACAAUCAAAGAUGUUCAUAACCUGGCUGUCCGCUGUCUGGUGAAUGGGGGUGUGGUUCAGGACAGUAACACCAAUCAAAUGAUCUUUAAGACAGAGAAGCUGGUGGCCUGGGUGUCACAGUUUGUAACCCUGUAUCCAGGAGACGUGUUCCUGACAGGGACCCCCCCAGGUGUCGGGGUCUUCAGGAACCCACCCGUAUUUCUGAAGAAGGGAGACGUAGUGGAGUGUCAGAUUGACGAAAUCGGAUCCAUUCGUAACACGGUGGUGUGAAAUGACGGUGAUUAAACAGCCCUCUCCUAACCUAAAGUGCCAUGAAGUCGGAAAGGAUGUGGCCCACACUUGGUUUUUGACGUCGUCAUAUCCUGUACCACGUGACCUGAGAUUAGAAGCAAGUCUACGCCGCAUUCUGAUGUUAAAGCACCACUUCUUGGCAGUGCAAUGAUAAGCAAUCUCAGAUUUCAUUUUAUUGCACUUACCAACAGUGAAAAGCAGCUGAUCCGUCAGCUAAUCUGUCAAUCCAUUAAAUCAGCCCAUUCGUCGUGA